GCCAUUGAAACCAAGUGUCGGCAGCCAUGGACGUGGCAACGUCGGCGGACGAAGUCCUUGCGUACUGGUUUGAUGGCGACAUGCACGAGCUGUAUCGGACGAAGUGGUUCCCUGCGUCUGGAAGUGAGGUUCAAGCUGCUGCGGAUGCUGAUAUCACGGCCAGGUUUGGCGACCUCCUGGCGACUGCCGAAACGCGAGCACUGCAUGCGACCUGGACAAGUCGUCCGUCUUCGUUUGUGGCGUUGAUCGUUCUCCUUGACCAGUUCUGCCGUCACGUGUACCGACACGAUGCAGAUAGACGCAAGGCCAUCGACGUCAUCGCGUUGGAAUUGGCCACUGAGUUCGUCGACCAGCAACUCCACUUGAACGUCCCGGUCCCGCAUUUUGUGUUUGCCCUCAUGCCUUUCCGGCAUUCUCCGACCCCCGACCGCCUCGAACAUGUCUUGGCCCACAUUGACGCCCGCGAGCACACGAUGGUCGAAAACACGGACCUCCUCUCCAAAUUUCGGCGCACAACUGUGCAGCGCCAGGCGCAUCUUCGCGCCCCAAACCUCAAAGCGCCUGACGAGGAAUUCGACAUUCUGGAACGGGCUGCGUUCGUAAACCCAAACGAAGCAACCCUCUUGCCAAAGCAUCCGUUGGUGCCGGUUAUGCAUUCGUUCCUGACUUCCAUGCGCGCUGGGUCCGAGUCUUGUCCAGCCAUAGGGAUCUCCCUAUCGGGUGGAGUCGAUUCCAUGGUCAUUGCGUACUUGUUAGUGAAGCUGGCGCCACACUACAACAACUACAAGGUCGUUGCUGUGCACAUUGACUACCUCAAUCGAGCCGAAAGCUGUGCCGAAGCGGCGUUUGUCGAUGCCUGGGCCAGCGAGCACAACAUUGAAUGCUUCGUUCGUCCCAUCAGCGAGUUCCAGCGCGCCACGACCAAGCGCGAAGAUUACGAAAACCUCAGUCGCGACAUCCGGUACACGACGUACCAGGAAGUGAUGGCGAAGCAUUCAAUCCCGGGCAUGUGUGUCGGCCACCACCGAGGCGAUGUCCAAGAGAAUGUCAUCUCCAACAUGAUGAAGGGCCAAAGUCUCCUGGGCCUCAACGGCAUGACACCGUCGUCCGUGGUGAAUGGGGUUCGCAUUUGGCGUCCGCUACUGUCGGUGACGAAAGAUGCCAUUUUUGACUUUGCCCACGUCUUCGGCGUGCCGUACUUUAAGGACACAACGCCCCAGUGGAGUACGCGGGGAAAACUCCGUCGUCGGCUGAUGCCGCUCUUGCAAGAAAUCUAUGGCGACGGGUAUUUGAAUAACUUGUCCAACUUGGGUCAAGAAGCGACCGAAUGCGCCGACGUCUUGGAAUCCGCGCUGCUCGGACCUGUGCUCGCCACUGUACAAAGUUCGGGGCUUGCAGUCUGGAUCGAUUUGACGCUGUUGUGUGCGCAGCCCAUGUUUUUAUGGAAGGAGAUCCUGCGGCGAGUGUGCCAUGAGCGCAUGGGCGAGCGCAUGAUUCGAGAUAAGCCCAUGAGCGAACUGCGGGUCAAAGUGCUCAAGAACAAUUUCAAAGCGUCGUGGAUCACGCUGAAAAAGUCCACAAAAUCUUAUGUGACGGACCGAAAGACCCUAGUCUUGUUCCGCGAGCCCAUGUUCCAGACCGUGCUUCCUCUCGACUUGAUCUUGGAGGCUGAGUCGACCCCACUGACCACGGUCGGGCCUUGGCGCAUCCAGCUACGCCUUGUGGAAUCGCCCGACUUCGAUGCCCAAGUCCAAGAGGUUUGCAUCGAUCAUGUGAUGGGGACGUGCCUCAUGCAGUAAAAACUGUCCUGGUCAGGUUCGACCGAAGCGAUGGGACCUGUGGAGCGUCAUCCACGCCAGCGGCGUCACUUACGUCCUUCCUCACGCCCCUCGAUACAUCGUCAAUACGGAAGACCGGCCGGCAGCGCUGCGCGGGAUCGACAAGUGCCUCACCGACUCGAUGCCAUUGGUGACGAACCAGGGCAUCCUUCAAGACUCGACCGCAGUCGUUGUCGUCACGCUAGAGUAUGUUUAAUCGACAAAGUCACAACGAUUCGAUAUAUG